GAGGCGGCCGCGACGGACCCGCAGCAGCGCCUCUUCCUCGAGUGCGCGGCGGAGGCGCUCGAGGUCGCGGGGCUCCCCUGCACGCCGGCGGCGCCCGGCGGGGUUCGCGGGCGCGACGCGAGCGUGGGCGUCUUCGCGGCCAUCGAGACGAGCGACUACGCCUUUUUGCACCAGCGCGCCGUCGACGAGGGCCGCGCCGAGGCGGACGCGUACUGCGGCACGGGCUGGCACGGCUGCGUCGCGCCGAACCGCGUGUCCUACGUCUUCGAUCUGCGGGGCCCGUCCGUGGCGCUGAACAGCGCCUGCAGCAGCUCCCUGACCUGCGUCGCGGUCGCGCGGAAUUCGGUGGAGCGGCGCGAGUGCGGCGCCGCGCUCGUCGGCGGCGCGAACCUGCAGCUGCAGCCCCACUGGUCCGGCGCCUUUGCCGCCGCGGGCAUGCUGAGCCCGAGCUUCCGCUGCCGCUUCGGCGACGACGCGGCCGACGGCUACGUGCGCGGCGAGGGCGUCGGCGCGGUGCUUUUGCGGCCCGUCGCGGCCGGCGACGUCGCGGCGGUCGUCCGCGGCGUCGGCGUCGGCCAGGACGGCCGGUCCAACGGCCUCACGGCGCCGAACCCGGCGGCCCAGGCCGGCGUCCUCGACGCGUGCUACGGCGACUUCUCCGGCGACGGGGCGGCCGCGCGCGGGGGCGUCGCGCUGAUCGAGGCGCACGGCACGGGCACGCGGCUCGGCGACCCC